CAUAUAGAUAUUUAUAUAUAUAAAUAUAUAUACAUUUAUCCUUGUACAUAUCUGUAUUUGUGCUUGUCUGUUUAUAUUAAUAUUUUUAUAUCUAGUUGUGUGUGUAAAUAUAUAUGAUAUAUAAACAAAAGAAUCUAUAUAUAUCUAUGAAUUUAUAUGCGUAUCACUGUGAACCAAGAGAAGCAAGAAGAAAUUUCUAUCAUCAGGGCUGGUCUCUGAUUGCGUGGUGGCAUACAAUAUCUUAAAUAUUUCCUUUGAUCUUCUACGUCAAGAGGACAAAGACUACGUGCCCAUUUUGUAUUUUUUUUUGUUGUUUUCCUGUUGCUGCUUCCCGUUCCUCACCAAUUCUUUGUUUCUUUUUCCUACAUCCAAGAGGAAUAAAGCGAAGAGUCGCAGGAUUGGACGAGAAAAGGGAGAAUUUGUAGAAAUUCCUGUGAUUAGUGUUCUUUCCGUCUGCGUUAGUGCCCUGUGAGCCCAUCACAGCGUGCCGUGUGAGAUCUGAGGAGGCAGCAGAGACAGAGUGCCACACCGCUCAUCUCAGCAUCAGCCUACAGCCAGCAUGCACAAACACCACCACUGCUGCAAGUGCCCAGAAUGUUAUGAGGUGACCCGUAUGGCAGCUCUGCGUAGGAUGGAUGCCCCAGCGUACGGAGGAGAAUGGCAAGCCGAGCCCUAUGGAUACCCACCUGGGUAUGGGGGAGGCCAGACCUUACCCCCUCCAGCCUCAGGAGGGGGUGGAAGCAUGGGAGGAGGAGGGGGCACUUUAGGGAGAAGUAAGGGGAAGAAUAUGUCUGGUGGGGGCCCUGGAGGCCCAAACCCAAAGGGCCAAUCCAAAAGUGGCCCCAAAGUCAACGGCAACAACUCCAGUGGACAAGGAGGAUGGUGGCCCGAGUGCACCUGUACCAAUCGGGAGUGGUACGACCAGGCCAACCCUCCCCCCAUCAUUGUCAACGCAGACUCACUAGACGCAGGCCCUUAUGUAAAUGGCAGUGAUGGCAUGUAUAAAUAUGAAGAGAUCAUUUUAGAGAGGGGUAACUCUGGCCUGGGCUUUAGCAUUGCUGGAGGAAUAGACAAUCCCCACAUUCCUGAUGAUCCAGGGAUUUUCAUCACCAAGAUAAUCCCUGGAGGAGCAGCUGCUAUGGAUGGACGGCUGGGGGUUAACGAUUGCGUACUGCGUGUGAACGAUGUCGAUGUUUCCGAGGUGGUUCACAGCCGAGCAGUGGAAGCUCUUAAGGAGGCGGGGCCUGUGGUUCGGCUGCUGGUUCGACGGAGGCAGGCCCCACCUGAAACAAUUCUGGAGGUUAACCUGCUCAAAGGGCCCAAAGGACUGGGAUUUAGUAUUGCUGGAGGGAUUGGGAAUCAGCAUAUUCCAGGAGAUAAUAGCAUCUAUAUUACCAAGAUCAUAGAAGGAGGAGCUGCCCAGAAAGAUGGACGUCUGCAGACUGGAGACCGCCUGCUAGCUGUGAACAACAUCGUGCUGCAGGAUGUGCGUCAUGAGGAGGCGGUAGCUGCACUGAAGAACACCUCCGAUAUGGUUUACCUCAAGGUGGCCAAGCCAGGACCCGUGCAUCUGAACGACAUGUACGCCCCUCCAGAUUACUCCAGCAGCCUGGCCCUCCCUCCAGCCUUCCCCCCCAUGGUGGACAACCACGUCAGCCACAAUUACAUGGGUGCAAUGGAGCCCAAGCCAGUGUACCCGCCGCCUCAGGUCACCCCGUCCAGGUACUCGCCCGUUCCCCGCCACAUGCUGGGAGAGGAAGACUUCACAAGGGAGCCGAGAAAGGUGGUGUUGCACAAGGGCUCCACCGGCCUGGGCUUCAACAUCGUCGGUGGGGAGGAUGGAGAGGGGAUUUUUGUCUCCUUCAUCUUGGCUGGAGGGCCGGCUGACCUGAGCGGCGAGCUGAGGAGGGGCGACCGGAUUCUCUCAGUAAAUGGAGUAAACCUUAGGAACGCCACGCAUGAGCAGGCAGCUGCAGCGCUGAAGAGAGCUGGACAAACUGUCACCAUCAUCGCUCAGUACAGGCCUGAAGAGUACAGUCGCUUUGAGUCAAAGAUCCACGACCUGAGGGAGCAGAUGAUGAACAGCAGCAUGAGCUCAGGAUCGGGCUCCCUGCGCACCAGCGAGAAGCGCUCCCUCUAUGUCAGAGCUCUGUUUGAGUACGACCGAACAAGAGACAGCUGCCUGCCCAGCCAAGGACUGAGUUUCACUUACGGGGAUAUCCUUCAUGUCAUAAAUGCUUCUGAUGACGAGUGGUGGCAGGCGAGGCUCGUCACACCUCAUGGAGAGAGCGAGCAGAUUGGGGUCAUUCCCAGCAAGAAAAGAGUGGAAAAGAAAGAGCGAGCCAGAUUAAAAACUGUCAAGUUCCACGCCAGGACAGGCAUGAUUGAGUCUAACAGGACAGUCAAAGUAAAGCGCAAAAAAAGCUUCAACCUCUCACGCAAGUUCCCGUUUUACAAGAGCAAGGAGAAUAUUGUGCAGGAGAUGGUGGAUUCUGAACAAUGCCUGACAUCCAACACGAGUGACAGUGAAAGUAGUUCAAAGGGUCAGGAGGACACAAUCCUCUCCUACGAGCCAGUCAUUCGACAAGAAAUCCACUACACAAGGCCUGUGAUCAUUUUGGGCCCAAUGAAGGACAGAGUAAAUGAUGACCUCAUCUCCGAGUUUCCCCACAAAUUUGGCUCAUGUGUACCCCAUACGACCCGUCCAAGGCGAGAGAAUGAGAUUGAUGGCCAGGACUACCACUUUGUGGCUUCAAGAGAGCAAAUGGAGAAAGACAUUCAGGAUAAUAAAUUCAUUGAGGCUGGCCAGUUUAACGAGAACCUCUACGGGACGAGCAUUUUGUCUGUCAGAACAGUGGCUGAGCGGGGGAAGCACUGCAUUCUGGAUGUUUCUGGGAAUGCCAUAAAACGACUGCAGCAAGCACAACUUUAUCCGAUCGCCAUCUUUAUAAAACCAAAAUCUGUUGAAGCUCUAAUGGAAAUGAACAAGAGGCAGACGUACGAACAGGCCUCGAAAGUCUUUGACAAGGCGGUUAAGCUGGAGCAAGACUUCGGAGAGUAUUUCACAGCUAUUGUACAGGGUGACUCGCUAGAGGAGAUCUACAACAAAAUCAAGUUGAUCAUCGAGGAGCAGUCCGGGCCCUACAUUUGGAUCCCCUCCCCAGAGAAGCUCUGAGCUCCCUGCCGUCCUGUGUCCAUGCAGAGCUCCCCUCCUGCCUCCCAGACACCACGCCCACAAGAACCCCUUCCCCCACCUCCUUUUUACAGAUAUGUUUCAUAUCAAGUUUUAGUGUCAUCAUUAUGUUACUCUCUAAAUGAAAAGAAGUCUUAUCACCAUUACUGUGACUGUGCACACCCCUGCAUGAUUUCUCCACAAAUCCAUUCAAGACUGGAAUUGUCAUUCCAAAGGAAUUUGUCAAUGGAAAACAAAAGGGAAACAGAAUAAAUCCUUUUGUGAACUGGGACUGCCUGAAGAUCAGAAUGUUGUGCGGAAAGUCAAGCGUGAGAGAAGUUGUGAUUCAAAAACAAGUUGCAGGGGAAUAGAGACAAAUCGGACCAAGUUGGGACACUUUGUAAAUGUUCAUCAAAUCACUUUUAAAAGGACAAACGAGACGAGAGGUUGAACAAUUACAGCUUUUGUUUUUAGUUUGUUUUGUUUCAAAGACUUGAGCCCUGCUGAUGGUACUGUUCAAGGAGUCGUCACGCUUCUUUAUGCUGACUGAGGAAAUUACCAACAAACAAACUGGUGAUGUAUUUAUCACAAACCAGCUCGCUGUUUGGUUGUCUGCGCUGCAGCUGAUGAGACGUCUUGGGAGGCAGAUCGAGAAGAAGAAACGUGUUGUGAAUCUACAUUUAUAUUACCAAAUCACAAAUCAUUAAAUCAUUCUGAGAUUUUACAUCAUAUUAAAUCUACACAUUUUACAUCUAUCUAGAAUUGUCAAUUUGGAGGGCUGUUAGAUUUCGUUUUCCUUUUCUUAUUUGUGGGAUUUAAUUUUUUUAUUUAAAUUUUUAUUUUUAUUUUUUGCUUGUGGUUUUUAGCUGCUCUGUAAAGGAUGGAGGUAGAGACGUGUAACCGGGCUCUCUGCAAAACACCAAACUGCCUUACAUCUAAUACAAAUUCUGUUUUGUAACUACCUGUUGUCUGUGAGGGAGGCUGCAAAUAUUUGAUGAGGACUCGCUUACCUUUGCGUCCUACAACUGUCAGGAGCUCUGACAUUAAGUGCAAUAGAUUUUUAAAGAAAUAAGUCUAGGUGGGCGCCUUUUCUUCCCCCUCAUCCCCGUUUUUAACAUGUUUUUUUUUUUUUCCCCUGGGUAAUGAAAAAAAUUGGCUUUUUACAAUUUGGCCAGCCAGAGCCUCCUAAUUCAUGUUGAGCAGCAGACGACCCUAUUACACUCUCUGCCUUCCUAGAGGAUUCUCUUCUGAUUCGUCACAUGGUACUGUCCUAUCUGCCACCACUGUGGUGAACUUAAAACGGGUAGAACAAGACGACAAAUUGUAUUGGAUGUUUUCACAAUUAAAGAGUCAGUAAACCCUGUUUUGAAUUGUCCCCCUACCAAAAGCAAAACUAAAGUUGGGUUUGAGUAAACGUUCUUUGUGUAUCUAUAAACGUAUGAAUUCUUUGACUCGUUGGCGGAUGCUGAACCACUGUGUCGUCCUUUUUGUGAGUCUGCUGCGAGAACAGCCCAGGAAUUUUAACAAUCUGGUAACAGUUCAAGUUUGGGCAGUGACAGAGUUCAGAGGUGUCAAACGUGGUAAAGCAUGAAUUCAAGGAAAGCGCCGAGUGUUUUCAGCUGAAAGGAGAAAUCAGGCGUUAGGUCGUCCUUUCUGUGGGGCCCAAAGCUCCAUCGAGUCUGUCAGUUUAGAAAUUUCAGAGUUUGAAGUGACCUGCUGCACAGUCCAUGCAGAUCCUGGCACUGUGAAGGUGUGGAUGUUGGAGGUACAUCUGGAGGAGGAGCACUGUGGCUCCAUGAACGUUCUAGUUUUCUAAUCAGCUUUUUAAAGAGCGCCAACAAAAGUUUUCCUCUAGAGAGCCAACAUCCAGACCGCUGGGUCUUUUUGCUCUCUCUUUCUCUGAAGCCCACAGAUCACCUGUACCUGCAGACAUUUUCAGAUUAGGUGUGCCCCCUCCCCCCACCAGGCAUCACUGCUAAACCAGCUGUCAUUACUUGUGUCAAAACCAGAGUUCAGGGAAUAACCGAAGGGAACAGAGCCAUUUAUAAACUGCUUGCAGACUGUUUCAAAACGGUGUGGUAGCUGAACAAUGUAAAUAAGCCCCCAGCAGACCCCCCCUCACCUGUGCUUCAUGCAUGUGUGACUCAAACUGGGACUAACAUGUUUUAUAGAUCACAAAUGUCAGGUAAGUAAAAUUUGAGCUACUCUUGAGAUAUAAUUUCCAUACUAACGUGCUGUAAUGUCGAUAUUUCUCUUCAAAUGCCUAUUGGAACACUUAACUAGUGAAAUGGGAAUCCAGUUCCCCCAAGUAGGGCCUGUCUACAUGUGACUUCUUGUGGAACGUGUCUGGGUGUAUAGAUUUAAAAUUAUAUAUAUUGUAAAAUAAAGUGAUGCAGGCAGAAACCUACACGACAUCACAGAAACCAGGAGCAUUGAUCAAGACAUCAUUAGAAGUUUAGAACUGGUCCUCUCUGGUGUUUAGUUGAAACCCAGCUGACUGUUAACGAUGUGUGUGGUACUCAUACCUCAAGUCAGCCAUGUCAAAGCCCAAAGAACUUGAUUUCAUUUUACUCUUUCCAUUGAAGUUGAGGUAAUCGGAUGGAACCUGAAUGCCUCUGUAUAACUGAUGAGGGUCUUUGUUCUGAUGAGAGAAAUGGUGACAUACAGUAUAUGCUUUUAUUUUCUGGGUGGGGAGGGUCUUCAGGGUUCUUGUUUGUACUUUUGGGUGAUGAUGUUUCUGUUCUAGCACAUCUGUGCAGUAAGUGCUUGCAAACAUGAACCCUUGAUUGUACAGUAGUUUCCUUCCUGUCACUGCAGGUGGUACGGCCUAUCAGGACACGGCCUCAUGGUCUUCCCUGUCCUAGUCAUGAGGGAACAUAGUCCUGCAGCUUUUCUUUGGGUUUUAUUUUGGGACUU